CUUCAUACUCCAAGCGCAAAAAUGGCGAACAUUUUCGUCAAUUUUUGAAUACAGAAUUCGUUGAUUCUUGCUUAGAUUGCGAUUGUUUACAAAGAUGGCAGAACAUAUGUAUGGAGAGGAAUGGGACAGUGAUGAGUUUCAGACAGCUCUGAAAGUAGUGCUAAAGUGUGAAAUACAGUCUCUGUUGGAGAGAUUGUCGGAGACGGGGGAGGAAACAGUGUUACUCACAGCCAGUGCAGCAGAUUUGUGUGUUGGACAUUUGGCAUCAUCAAAAGCACUGAGAUUUGUCAACACAACAGAUGUAGGCAUUGUCAAGAACAAAUUCCUUUACUUUCUAACAGGAGCUAAUCCACAAUCUCAAGGAACAAGACAAGUUACGACUGGGCCAGGAACCAGUGCAGUUACAGGAAAUGUGGCACAGGUCUCUCCUGUUAUAAACAACAUAACCCCUAAGGGUCCAGUUCAAGCCCCUGCUCCACAGUCAGUGGCAAAGAAAUUGAACACAAAAGCGGUAACUCCAAAUCAGACAAAGGUUGCGGAGAAACGACCUUUGGAGGCUGUAGCUGCAUCUCCAGAUAUCAGUUUAUCAUCACUAGAUGCAAAAAGGAGAAAAACUGAAUCACAGCCAAAUUUGGCAAAGGGAAAUUCCAUUACCUCAUUACAGACAUCAACAAAUCCAUCAGUCACUCAGGUGAUGGCAUCAAGUACUGGCAAAGGGCCAGCUCCAAAAUUAAAAACUACAAAAUUUGUAUCAAAAUCAGGUGGUUUUACUGAAGAAAAGAUCUCUGAUGCGGAAUUUCAGAAAUUUUUAGCCCAGUAUAAACCUAACAUACCGGAAGGUGAUGAGGAGGAAGACGGCGAUCAGACCAAAAAUAUCGCCAUGCUUCGGUCUGGUUCCAUGCCUCAGGCAACUCUUCAAAAACAAUUUCAACCAAGUCCUGUCUCAAGUGUUCAAAAUACUCAGUCCAAAGUGACCAGUCUAGUGAAUAGUUUAACAGACAAAAAUAUUAAGACUGGAAUCCAGUCUGGGAAAAAUCAAAGUACUCAGCUUGCUGAAAUGAAGAAAGACAAUUCUAGUGUUAAACUUGAAAACAAAAGUGUGAAUAAAGAAAACAGGGAAAAUGUGAAUACUUCUAAUGUUGAAUUGUUAACUGAAAUUAAAGAGGAGUUAGAUCCAGAUGACACACAAUAUAAGGAAGCACAGGCAGCUGUUAAGAAAGAGAAUGAACUGAAUGUUAGCAAAGAAAAGGAUAAGAAUGUGACAGUGGCUGGAAAUACACAAAAGAAAGACACAUGUGGCCAGUCAGACAGAACUGGACAACCUAGUCAGAAUAGAAACAGGUUAGAGAGUAUAGAUAAUCUUGACACAGAAACUCUCAUUCAGAUGACCAAAGCUAAACACCUUGAAAAUAUGUCUGAGGCUGACAGAGAAAUACAGGCUAAACUGGGACAGCUGUCAUCAAAACUGAGUUGGGUUGUAGAGUAUCCCAAAGAAAAAGGUCAGUCUGGGCCAUCUGGUCAGGUCACUCCUGUCCAGAGAACGCGAGUCUCUGAGAGUUCGGAAAUGGCAGCAGCGAGACUGAUGCAUCAUGGACCAUAUCGAGACAGUCAGGCAGAUGAUUUUGAAGAAAUGGAAGAUGAUGAUUUUGAGGAUGAUGAAGAUGAAUUUGAUGAAGAGGAUCUUGAUGAUGAAGAUAAAGCAACUCUGAAAGCAAUGCGUGAAGCCCAUAUGAGAAAACUUAAUGCUGGUAUGGUACAGUUUGGGGAAGGGGAAGAUAUGUAUGCUGAGGGGUUUGGGGUGUCACAGAAUUUUCACCCUGCCAUGGGUCAGGAUUUUCCACAAGAUUAUGAAGAAGAUGAGGAUUAUGAAGAGUUGGAAGAAUAUAAUUCAGAAGAGGAAAUGGGUGCAAAUAUGGCCCAAUUAGGGCAUAACAGAAUCCAUGGAACUCUUCCAAAUUUAACUGGGCCUGGUAUGGUGCAAGGCCAUGGAGAAGGGCCUUCUGUCUCAGGGCAUCAGCCAUAUCAAAGAACUGCUUCCCCGACAUCGGAAAACUUUUUAAUGAUUGGACCAAUAAUGGCAAAAUGUUUAAUAUGUAAUAAAAUUGUGCGGAAAACUGAAAUGAAGUCACAUCAUGAAACACAUUUAAAUGAAGAACCCUAUGAUGAGGAGGAAGAGGAGGAGGAAGAUAUUGAAGAGAUGGAAGAGAAUAUUCAGGAUGAGGACGGUGGAGCAUUUCAGGAAAAACAAAAGACAUUACAAGGUGAGUACAACCCAGAAGAAGGGGAAUACCCACCCGAAGAAGGCGAGUAUGCGGAAAAUGAGGGCGAGUACCCUCAGGAAGAGGGCGAGUAUCCGGAAGAAUUUGAAUUCCAGGCAGAAGAGGCUGAGGAUGGUAUGGAAUAUACAGCAGAAAAAUUUGUUGCAGAAAAACUUGUUGCUGAGAAAGUAGAAGAUAUUUCAGAUACUUCAAAGGAAUGUAAAGACAACGUUUGUGACAUUUGUAAUAAAUCAUUCAAAUCACAUGGAAACAUGAUACGUCAUCGGAAAAAUAUUCAUAAGGAAGAGACAAAAGAAGUGAAUUUAGACAGUUGUCCAGUAUGUGGGAAAUCAUUUCGUCACCUACAGAAACAUGUGAAAAAAAUGCAUCCCGAGUUUGGUGACCAGUCACAAUCGGGGGAAGUAAAUGAAAACAGCGGUGACAGUAAAUUAGACUGUAAUAUUUGUGGAGAACUAUUUACAGAGGAGGAAAAGUUAAAGGAACAUUUCAAAGUCCAUGCCUAGUCAGUCUGAACAGUAGCAUUCUGAGUUACACUACCUGAAGUUGGAAGAGUUUACAGAUGGAGUUGGACUUUUUCUGACAUUUGUUUUAGAGACGAACUGUUUCUUCAGUGAAACAAUAAUUCUUUGAUUACACUUUCAGUUGAAUAGGUGUAGACAUUUUUAUGGAAAUUAAUGCCUAAGAAUGAGUAGAGGAUAUAGAGCAGUAUUGUCUCUCUGGCAUGCCAUGGCCUAAAUGUCUGAUACAAAAUAAUAUAAGGAAGCGAACUGGUAAUGAAAGUUGUCAAUUUUUUUGUGAUCACAGUCAUAUUCUUGUAUUUAUUUAAACCGAAAUAGAAAAUUAUUCUUUCAUAACAAGAAGAAGCUAAAGACAUAUACAGAGAACUCAUAAUGGAAAAGGAAAUGCUGAUUGUCAUUAUUGGUCUGCCACCUUAACCCAUAGUGCUAAAUUUCUUUAUAAUGUACUUGUCCAUCUUUCAGUUUGGACAUUACCAUUAACAGUUAAAAGGGGUGCUUACCAAAAAGAUACUGACUGAAUAGCGAACAGUGCAGACCAUGAUCAGACUGCACGUAUGUGCAGGCUGAUCAUGAUCUACACUGGUUGUAAAGGCAGAAUCAGACGUGUCCAGCAUGGUAAGGGUAAAUAUGUAACCUGAUAUAUUUCCUAAUAAUACAAGAAAUUGUAUAUUUUGAGUCAAUUUUUCUGAUUCUUGCUUUUUUCAAACAAAGUCCAUCAGUAUCUUAGUUUUAUGUAUAUACUUCCUUGCAGUAAUUAGUACUCUAAACAGUCAGGAAAAGGUGUUAAAAGAUUUACAGUGAACAAGAUUUGGACACAGGCAUAGCCCUUAUUAUUUUAAUGCCAGCUAUAAAUUAAUUAGUAAAUAAAUAGUGAAUCCUUAUGUGUAGAUUACAACUACAAGUGUUUCUAUCCCUUUAUGAAUUAAAAUAAAAGCUGUCUGUUUUUGAAUUGCAUACUUCUGUUAAAAUGGAUUUUGAUAUCUGUGAUUCCUUUUUGCUUAAAAAGUGGAUACAUAUGUUACCAUUUUUUACCAGUUUUCAUUAAGCACCUGUAUCUUAGAUUGGUGAUAUUGCAUGCGUAUGGAUUUUAUGUAACAGGCUGUCAGUGUUUUGUCUAUAUAUAUAAAGAGAAUUAGUAAAUUUAUGUAUUAAAAGUGCAUUGAUGACAUGUGCAAAAUCAAGUUUCAAGUCAGUGCCUACUUUCUUUUAACUGUAGCGUAUUUUGCUCUGGAGCUGAAUCAGAAGAUGCAAUUUGAGUGCAAGAAAUGGGUAUUUAUCCCAGUUGAGGUUCGAGUUGGGGCUGACAUGAAUUAUAUUCAUGAAAACGACAGAUAUAUUUAAAGAUGUUAGUCAUAACUGAAACUCGGGCACUUUUACAAGACUAUUAGCAUUACACUAGAUUUCAACAUUAUUAAUUAUAUGGAAGUUGCAAAGAAUACUAUGUGUUAUUGAAUGGCAUAAGUAAUAUAUUUGACUGGAAUGGACUGCUUACAUGUUAUUAGAGGAAAAUGUUUAUCUUGACUGGUUACGUAUUUGGAGAAAAAGACUUUCCUUGACUGCUUAUGCAUCUAGAGAAGAGUUUUGUCUUGACUGGUUACAUAAAAGAUUUUUAGCUUGACUAAUGGAAGGAUAUGUAGAGCUAUUGCAUUCAUCCAAGUGUUGGCAUCAGCACCUGCAUUCCGAAUAUGGUUAAGUUUUGUCUGUAAGUUGUUAUCUCAGUACCCACAAAUGGGGUUGCAUUAAAACCUCACACACUUGUUCACUGUGACCAUCUGAAAUGCAGUGCAAAGGCUUUAUAGCUCUGUUUUGCCUAUUCACAAAGUUACACCCCUUUAUCUUUGUAGCAAUUUUUGGUGUUAUCUGUUAUCUCAUUAAGCAUCUAAUGAUGGGAAAAUUGUCGCCCAUUUUAUACUUGUUAAUGUCUAUAUUUUCAUGAUUUUUAUAAGCCCAGGGAACGUAUUAUGUUAUACCCACAGUGUCCGUCCGUCCGUUAGCAAUUUCGUGUCCGCUCUGUAGCUCUUGAACCCCUCGAAGGAUUUCAAAGAAACUUGACACAAAUGUUCACCACAUCGGGACGACAUGCAGAGGGCAUGUUCUGGAUGGCUCGCUUCAAGGUCAAGGUCACACUUAGGGGUCAAAGGUCAUUGCUCUGUAACUCUUGAACACCCGAAAGGAUUUCAAAGAAACUUGACAGAAAUGUUCACCACAUGGAGACAAUGUGCAGAGCGUAUUUUCUUAAUGGCUAGCUACAAGGUCAAGAUUGCCUAGUUAUUUGUCACUUGUUUACCCAAGUGGAGCACAAGAAUGAAUUUAGAGGUCAGAAGUUCAAUAUCUUGUUUGGGCAAGUGUUUCUUUUUGACACUCUAACAGAAGAUGACUAUAAUGUCUGAACUCUGUCAUCCUUCACUUGCAUAAAAUCAAUUUUGUUGUUUGUGUGCAUACAAAAAAUGGAAUAGUUUUGAUAUAAAUUAGUAUAAGCACGCUGACCUGUAGCAAUGAAUAGUACAGUUGUAAUGUUCGGAAUCACUGUCAGUAGUGGCCUAAGUGCUGCAACACAGUGCAUAUAUAUCUGUUUUGGUAGCUUAAUAUCGCAGUAGUUAAUAUAAUUAUGUACAUUUGAUCUUCCCGGAGCAACAGUUAAAAUUCCAAUAAUUUAAGAAAAUCCUUACUUUCUGAAAUAAUUUAUAAAAUUUAUAAUGGCAAUGGACAACAUGCAGGGGAUAUUUCAACUCACAGUGCAGUAUAUUUAUCAACAUUCUGUGUUAGUGCGAUGCAUUUUUAGCUCAUCUGAUUUUUUGAAAAACAAAAGCUGUCUCCAUAGGAUGACACAUGCCCCCGAUGGCACUUUGAAUGAAUAGUUAUGGCCGAUGUUAGAGUUUAGGACCUUUGACCUACGGACCUGGGUCUUGCGCGCGACACGUCGUCUUACUGUGGUACACAUUCAUGCCCAAUAAUUUUAAAAUCCAUGCAUGAAUGACAAAGAUAUGGACUGGACACGCCCAUCAAUGCACUAUCAUGAAAUAUGACCUUUAACAUCUAAGUGUGACCUUGACCUUUGAGCUACGGACCUGGGUCUUGCGCGCGACACGUCGUCUUACUGUGGUACACAUUCAUGCCAAGUUAUUUGAAAAUCCAUCCAUGGAUGACAAAGAUAUGGACCGGACACAAAUGCACUAUCAUGAAAAAUGACCUUUAACGUCUAAGUGUGACCUUGACCUUUGAGCUACGGACCUGGGUCUUGCGCGCGACACGUCGUCUUACUGUGGUACACAUUCAUGCCAAGUUAUUUGAAAAUCCAUCCAUCGAUGACAAAGAUAUGGACCGGACACGAAAAUUGCGGACAGACUGACAGACCAACAGACAGUUCAGAAACUAUAUGCCUCUCUUCGGGGGCAUAAAAAAUGAUGAGUUAUUGUCAUCACUUGAUCGGCGUCGGUGUCGGCGUUGGCGUUGCCUGGUUAAGUUUUAUGUUUAGGUCAGCUUUUCUUUUAAACUAUCAAAGGUAUUGCUUUGAAACUAGCAACACUUGUUCACCAUCAAUAGCUGACCAUGUAUAGCAAGAAACGUCACUCCAUCCUGCUUUUUGCAAGAAUUAUGGCCCCUUUUGGACAUAGAAAAUGUCAGAUUUCUUGGUUAAGUUUUAUGUUUAGGUAAACUUUUCUCCUUAACUAUCAAAGCUAUUGCUUUGAAACUAUGAAAGCUAUUGCUUUGAAACUUGCAGCACUUGUUCACCAUCAUAAGCUGACCCUGUACAGCAAGAAACAUAACUCCAUCCUGGUUUUAGCAAGAAUUAUGGCCCUUUUUGGACUUAGAAAAUCAGAUUUCUUGGUUAAGUUUUGUGUUUAGGUCAGUUUUUCUCCUAAACUAUCAAAGCUAUUGCUUUAAAACUUGCAAUACUUGUUCACCAUCAUAAGCUGACCCUGUACAGCAAGAAACAUAACUCCAUCCUGCUUUUUGCAAGAAUUAUUGACCCUUUUGGACUUAGAAAAUCAGAUUUCUUGGUUAAGUUUUGUGUUUAGGUCAGCUUUUCUCCUAUACUAUCAAAGCUAUUGCUUUGAAACUUGCAACAGUUGUUCACCAUCAGAAGCUGACCCUGUAUAGCAAUAAACAUAACUCCAUCCUGCUUUUUGCAAGAAUUGUGGCCCCUUUUGGACUUAGAAAAUAUCAGAUUUCUUGGUUAAGUUUUAUGUUUAGAUUAACUUUUCUCCUAAACUAUCAAAGCUAUUGCUGUGAAACUUGCAACAGUUGUUCACCAUCAUAAGCUGACUCUGUAUAGCAAGAAACAUAACUCCAUCCUGCUUUUUGCAAGAAUUAUGGCCCCUUUUGGACUUAGAAAAUAUCAGAUUUCUUGGUUAAGUUUUAUGUUUAGAUUAACUUUUCUCCUAAACUAUCAAAGCUAUUGCUGUGAAACUUGCAACAGUUGUUCACCAUCAUAAGCUGACUCUGUAUAGCAAGAAACAUAACUCCAUCAUGCUUUUUGCAAGAAUUAUGGCCCCUUUUGGACUUGGAAAAUCAUGAGUAGGACAAUAUUUCUAUUAUACAGAGACAAAAAAAUCAGAUGAGCGUCUGCACCUGCAAGGCAGUGCUCUUGUUGAAAGUUAGUACUGAUAUGUAACUAUUAUUCAUCUAUUAAACUAGAAAGCAGCUAAUAUAUAACACCAUGUUAGUCUUGAUUUUAUCUCAGUUAUUUCAGAGGUCAAUUAAAGCUACAAGUCUGUUCAUGUAAGUGAACACGAGUAGCGUCAAAUGAGUCUGUUGCCAAAAUCACCAGUGACUUUUACAAACCUUUUAAACUGUUCUGGACUACAGAAAUUUCACAUGAAUUUAGUGAACCGAAGGAAAAUCAUGUUUCAGGUAUCAUUUAAGUGAUUUUAUAAUGAAGUACGAGAGUAUAAUUGUUACGUUAAAAACAUAAUGAAUUAAUUUUGACAUGCAUUGAUCAAUCACUUUUUUUUAUUUGGCAAAUUUGUUUUGUGAAGUUACAAUUUCUUUACAUAAUUACUUCCCUUUGUUGUUACUAUAAUAUGUAACUUUCUAGAGUGUCUGUAUUUGAUUUAUACAAUAAUGACAGCAACUGUAGGUAUAUGUACUUCUAUAACUUGUUAAUGCAAAAACCUUUCCAGUAAUAUCCUAGCCCGCCCGCUUAGCUCAAUAAGGAAUGUGCAGAUCUACAGAUCUCAGGGUCAUGAGUUGGAGCCAUGGACGAGGCAUAUGUUCUCCAUGACAGUUUGAUAAAAGACAUCAAGACAUGUCCUCCACCUCUGAUUCAUGUGGAGAAGUUGGCAGAUACUUGCAGAGAACAGGUUUGUACUGGUACAGAAUCAAGGAACACUGGUUAGGUUAACUGCCCGCCGUUACAUACCGGUAACUGAAAUACUGUUGGAAAAACUGUGUUAAACCCAAAACAAACAAACAAAAGUAAUAUCCUAGUGUUUCAGAAAUACCAUAUUUUGGAAUACUCCUUAUAGUUUUUUGUUGCAAAGAAAUUUAAAAUACAAUGUUUGUCACAUUAAAGUAUUGUUGAUUUUUUCUAACUAAAGGUAAUUAAUUUCUGAAGAAAGAAAAUGCCAAUUAUUACUUUAUGAUUAUGUUGAUAGAAUGAGAAGAGGUAUAAAGCAAUUCAAGGUCUUUAAUAUAUUCAUUUUUGUCAGUUUAAACUGCCUCAGUGACCAUUUGUAUUAAGCAGCCACUUGCUUUAAGCAGCCAGUCAUCAAGACUUCUCAGAUUAACAUUUGAGCCACGCCAUGAGAAAACCAGCAUACCAUAAUCGGCCGAUUAUAGGUUGCACUCAUGUAUAGGACGCAGUGAAAAAAUAUCAGCAGAAUUCUGGAAAAAUGCUUCUACCCACUUAUCACUUAUCCGAAUUUAUGUUUGUCCGAAAUUCGCAUUAGUUUCUAUGAACUCGCCGGUUUUGCUAAAUCAUUGUCAAUGUUUUUGCAUGUUGUGCAAGUAUUUAAAUUGAAAAGCAUAAACUUUGUGUAAGCACUAAACUGCCGCAUCCUCUGAUCACUCCAUGAAUAUUGACGCCAGUGAAAACGAAAGUACACUUUGGCACCUAGAGGUAAAAUGACGUAAUUUUAAGACUGGUUUGCAAAUUGUUUUGAUUAUUACGGAUCAGUGACUAUGAUCAUAUUGGAUCAGUCUAAAAUCUCGCAUGCAUAUGUUACAAUUGCCUCCGGGUAUGAUUAAACGGUUAAGUGUGUGCAGAUUGUGACAGUAGGUGUAAGAUAAGUUAAAUGCCUCGGGCGUGAAUUUCUUGAUGAACAAGAGGAUUAUAGACAACUAUCAAAAUUAUGUUUGAAGAUUAGAUAAUCGAUGUCCAGGCUACCUGAUACGGAGUUUCAAGUAUUUUAAUGCAAAAUGUGUAAAAACACGCCGGGAUAGUUUUACGCAGGUCUUGUUUAAACUUAAUGAUCAGUUACAGAAAUGCGUUGUAAAAUAUAUUUUAAUGAAAAACAGCAUUUAUUUAUCUUAAGAUUUUACGUGAGCUCUAAAUUUUACAUUUUAUACAAAAGUAAUUUAAAACGCCGGGUCCCGAUACUGGCUAUUAGCUAUGCUCAAGUCAUUGGUAUUUAAUCCCCUUGAAUUCUCUUCAAUAUAGAGGUAUACGGUGUAAACAAAGAUCAAUUUUCUUAAUUUUUGAGUCUGGGGGAAAUGUUUGGUCUUUUUCUAUCCUCAUACAUAGGAUGCAUCGGUCCUUCAAGACCAGAAUCUUGUAAAAAAAAUGUGCAUCUUAUAUUCGUAGGAUGACGGUAGUGGCUUUGCGACCAGCAUGGAUCCAGACCAGCCUGCGCAUCCACUAACGGUUUCCCUAAUAACAAUAGGCUUUGAAAGUGAACAGCAUGGAUCCUGACCAGACUGUGUGGAUGUGCAGGCUGGUCUGGAUCCAUGCUGGUCGGAAAGCCACUAUGUUGGUUUUCUCAUGGUGUGGCUCAAUUUUUAUUCUUAUUUCAACCUGAUGCAGCAGCAGUCACAUUGUGUCACUCCUGUUGCUGUCUGCUCUAUACAGGUUUGACUGUAUCUUUAAAGACAACAGUAGAUGUAGCAUUUCUCUUACUCUACGCAAUCCUUGGUGCAAGUAGUAUGAAUUAUUCAUAGUUAAAUAGAACAUUCAUACCCUAUGGAAUCGUUUGUUAAUUUCAGCUUUUUUAAUGUGUGAAAUUUGAUAGUUCAUUUAACUAUUGAAUUUUUGCUAUGUAUUUUGUACUUUUUUUUUCUUCUUUUUUUUUUUAAUGUAUUUAAUAUUCAUUAUAAGUACAGGGCAUGUUGAACAAGAUUUGAUUCAAGUUAAAGUCAUUCCAGAUUUAAUCUCUAUUAACUAGGUAAGCUUGAUAAGAUUUUGGCAUUUUGCAUUUGAAAAAAAUACCGGUAAUGUAAAUAUGAAUAUACCAGAAAAGUGACUUUUUUUCUUUGGUCUGAUCUCCCUGAUAGUCUGGUGCUUUUUAGUCCCCUACUGGUGGUGACUAUAGGAAUGCCCUCUGUCUAUCUGCAAAUCUGGAUCUUGCGAUAAGUCAAAAAGUUUCAAGUUCGGUUCAUAAAACUUGGUAUGUGAAUUGAGGGCAAUAUUUAGAUUAUACACGUACAUGAAUUAUGCUUGUAGGUCAAAGGUAAAGGUCAUUGUUGAAGGUCAAGUAAAAAUAGUUUCUGUUUCAUAACUUCUAUAUGCAUUGAUGAAUUAUCUUAGUGCUACACACAAACGUUCCAAAAGAUGAGACAAUGUGUCAACGCAUAAUCUAUGUUUGCUGGUUAAAGGUCAGUGUCGCUGUUCAAGGUCAAGUAAAAAUUUGUUCAUGCGUCAUUACUUUUAAUUGCAUUGAAGGAUUGUUCUAGUACUACACAAUAAUGUUUCCCAUGAUUAGACAAUGUAUCGCGCACAUGACCCAUGGUUGGUCAAAGGUCAAGGUCACUAUUGAAGGUCAAGUAAUUUUUUUUUUCACCAUUAGGGGACUUCUGUAUUUCCACUGCAAUACUCAAUCUCUUAUUCACAUGUGUGACACAGAAAAUUCAGAUUAUCUUUAGUAUAUACAUCAAUUACAACUAGCUCUUGUAUAUUAAAGUUACUGCCAUACGUAAAAGCUGUAAGCAUAUUUCAGAAAAUAUUCAGUAUCAGUUAAAACUCUCAUCUAUUUCUGAUGAACCACUGCAGGAUUAUAUUGCAUUAACCAGACUUGGCAUUUUUAUAAGUUUAAUCCAUUUUAUAAAUGGGGUACGUUUGUUCAAGUUCCACAAGAGGAAACAUUUUUCAGUUGACAUAAAUCAAACAUUUGUGUGUGAUAGCUCAGUUUAAGACUAAUGUCAGCUUACUGCAGAAUGGGUAGUGGUUCCCAGUUGAAACUGAAAAAUUGUGUUAGGGAUGAGACUUGAAAUAUCUGCAGAUUUUCAUUGAGAACCUACAGCAAGUAUGUUGGUUUGCUUAGUGGUUCCAAGGUUAAAAGUUUAGUGUCCAGGCAGCUGAUUGGUCGUUUUCUGAGCAUAUUAUUGAAAUUGACCAAUAGCAAGACUGCUUUCUAAAACUGGUCUCUAAGCAAAAUUUCAUAACCUGGAAACCUGGUAUAUUUGAAAAGCUUUUUUCAUGUCCUACAAUUUCAAAAGAUUGUAAAGGGCAAGAUUCCCAUUAAAAACUGGGGUAAACCAAAUCAGAUGAGUCAUAAUAUGUCAUUGCUUGUAUAUAAACAGACAAGUUAACUGUACAGAUUGAUUGUUUGUUAGUAGAUCUCUAUUUUUUUUGUCUGUUGCCUUGUACAAUUUUGACAGAGUUGAACAAUAUUAAUAUCCGAUCAUUUCAAUAUAUUUGUACAAAAAAGGUGUAUAUUAUAGAUAAGGCAUUACAUUUAUUUGUUGUACCAAAUUGUAUUUGUGCUAUUUUCAUCUGUUCUUCAUUUGGGCCAUAAUGUCAGUGUGAAUAAAUUCCUUCAAUGGU